AUGGCUACUCAAAAGCUUCUCUAUGCUGGCCUUGGUGCUCUCACCGCUGGAUACGGUGUUAUGAACAGUAUCUACACCGUCGAUGGUGGUCACAGAGCUGUUUUGUUCUCUCGAGUCGGAGGCGUCCAGAGCGAAGACAUCAAGACCGAAGGAAUGCACUUCAAAAUCCCAUGGCUCCAGUGGCCCCUGAUCUACGACAUUCGUUCUCAAGCAUACAAGGUCGUCUCGCCCUCUGGAACCGCUGAUUUGCAGAUGGUCGACAUCGGUCUCCGUGUUCUCUACCGCCCUCAGCCAGACAGAAUCGGUAUUAUCGCGCAGACUAUUGGUGAGGACUUCUCUGAUAAAGUGUUGCCCUCAAUCAUUCAUGACACUCUUAAAUCUGUGAUGGCUCAAUAUAAUGCUGCUUCACUUUUGACAAAACGUAACGAGGUGUCUAUGGCUAUCAGAAAUGAUCUCGAGCAGCGAGCACGUGACUUUAACAUUAUUCUCGAUGACGUUGCUAUCACGGAUACCCAGUUUAGUCCUCUCUUCACUCAAUCAAUUGAAAACAAGCAGAUUGCUCAGCAGCAAGCCUUCCAAGCCAAGUUCAUCGUUCAACAAGCGCUAGAAGAAAAGAAGCAGAAGAUUGUCUCGGCUGAGGGAGAAGCUCAAUCCGCAACUUUAAUCGGUGAAGCUCUGAAGAAAAACCCAGCUUAUCUCAAGCUUCAAAGAAUAGAGUACGGAAAGAAGGUCUCUCGAGUCAUCGCUCAAAGCCCCAACAAGGUUAUGAUGGAUACUGGAAACUUAUUGCUCGACGUCAAGGGAGUCGACACAAUGAUGAAAUAA